GUACUCAACCAAUCCAGACCUCGUGACAGAAUGAUUACAUCUGUGAAAGUGUGAUAGGUAGAAAAGAUGACAAGCUAGAAGGAUAGUAACUUCAAAUUGGAGACGCGGCUCUGACGAUUCCGCUGGUAACCGCGUCGGCCUUAAACUUCAUUGGGUAAAAUGGACGACGUCAGUUUCCGUCCGCGUUCCGUACUUUCGGCUCGCUAUUGCGUUUUUGCUACCGCGAAAAGCCGAGAUCUUCUGUCGUGGAUAUAUUUGAACUUGUCUGGUGGUAGAUAUUGUAUAAUAGAUGGAGAUGGUAGCUGCUAUACGAACAUGUAGUGGGCAUAACACGAGGCCAUGACAAGCAAUUUUUGUUGACCAUCCGGCGGCGACGAACUCGAGAGACAGAGAUAAAUUGACCAUUUACCUUAUUAUAGAAAGGAUACCUACCUGGGUAUCCUUCCUACACAGUACAGAAUAUGACUACGAUACUCGUUAAUUUGAUAUAUUUCGUUACUGUUACGGCUGCGUUAGCAUCAAUCUAUGUUGUUGGACUCGUCAUCUACCGAUUAUUCUUCCACCCUCUAGCUAAGUAUCCGGGUCCGGUUAUAGCCAAGAUCACAGACGCCUACCAAUUAUACCACGCCUGGAAAGGAGACCGACACCUGGAGUUCUGGCGAUUGCACGAGAAAUACGGAAAGGUCGUGCGGUUUGGACCUAACAGCGUCUCCUUCAACUCGAACACGGCCUUGAAGGAUAUCUACGGAUUUAAAUCCAACGUGCGGAAGGCCGAGUUCUACGACGCGUUCGUACACCCGGCAUCCAAUACCCACAACACGAGAGAUAAAGCCCUGCAUGCCCGGAAGAGGAGGGUCCUCUCGCAGGCGUUCUCGGAUGGAGCCGUCAAGGAGAUGGAGAGGUACAUCCUAGCCAACGUGCGAUCCUUCUGCGAGCAGAUUGGCCUCGGUGCGAGCGACGAGCAAAAGGGAUGGACCGUAGCCAAAAACAUGGCUGACUGGUGUAAUUACCUUGCCAUGGACAUACUUGGUGAUUUGUGCUUUGGGAAAGCCUUCCACAUGCUGGAAAGGCCGGAUAACCGAUACGCACUCGGGUUGGUGUCUCUUGCUACCACGAGGCAUCUCAUCUGCGGAACCAUGUCUGCCGUCGGCAAGCUUCACCUUGAUAAGAUCUUGUUCCGCAGGAUUGCGACUGGCCGAGCGAAGUACAUGGCAUACAGCAAAGCCCAGCUUGCGGAGCGCACCAAGCUAGGCGACGACACGGACCGUCGCGAUUUCUUCUACCAUCUGCUGAAAGCACGGGACCCCGAAACCGGGCAGGGAUUUGCGAUGACCGAGCUAUGGGGAGAAUCAAAUCUGCUGAUCAUCGCAGGAAGCGACACGACGUCGACCGCGAUGGCGGCAACGCUGUUCUAUCUGGUCCGCAAUCAAGCGGCAUUGCAGAAAGCGAGCCAAGAAGUACGGGCGAGAUUUAGCGACGUAGAAGAGAUCUGUCAAGGCCCAGCGCUAAACUCGUGUACCUACCUCCGGGCGUGCAUCGACGAAGCUAUGCGCAUGUCUCCCUCGGUGGGCGGAAUCUUGCCUCGCGAAGUCCUGAAAGGCGGUAUCACGAUCGACGGCGAGUUUAUACCCGAGGGGAUCGUCGUCGGCACUCCUCACUAUACUGUUCACCACAAUCCGGCGUACUACCCGCGUCCGUUCUCGUACGUUCCGGAGCGCUGGAUGGAGGGCUCGCAUAAGACCUUUGGAGAAGCAAGCGGGAGCAAUACGACAGCGCAAGACGUAUCGCUGGCGCAGAGCGCUUUCUGCCCCUUCUCCGUCGGACCUCGAGGGUGUAUAGGAAAGGGCCUUGCAUAUAUUGAGAUGAUGACGACGUUAGCUAGAACGCUAUACACGUACGACUUGCGCAAGUCAGCCGGCUUUGAUCCGGCCGAGGGCAGUCCUGAUCUUGAAUGGGGUCGGCGACGCGUAGACGAGUUCCAGCUGAUCGACCAAUUCACCAGCUUUAAAGACGGUCCUAUGGUUGAGUUUAGGAAGCGUAUUUAAAUUUUAGGUGUUCUCGAUCAGAUAUGAUAAAAAUGAGUUAUACCUACGAAAUGGAUGGUGAUGUGUGUGUAGUCGCCAGCUGAUGAGAUUAAACCCAUGCAAGCUAGAAGCUAUGUAUUAGCAAGGUGGACGAUUCGAAUGGUCCAGCCUAAAUUAUAUUUAGAAGCUGGCGGUGGGCAUCCCUUGUUGCUUUCCUCUUAUGGGACUGGACGGGAUAAAUUAAGUCCAACAGUCAGGCCAAUACAUAUUUAACGGGCUGGCUGGAUCUGGCCUAGGAUGAGUCUCGCCUAGGAUAAGUUAUAACUUCCGCUGGCCGAGAAGGUGAAUGUGGAGAUGAUUUGCCGGCAAUCUGGAUGAAUGACGGCGGAAAUAUUUAUUCCUACUACCUAUCCUGUUUCGCCCAUCGGCGGCCACCUU